CUUCUUCAACAAUCCAAUCCACAGUUCUCAGUUUCAUUUUGCCUUGACUGCAUAAUUUUUUAUUUAUUUUAUUGAUUUUUUUUCGAUCUGUUUGAUUUGGCAAACACAUAAAUCUGAUUGACAAGAAGAUCCCAUGGCCACCACUGGAAACAAGAACAGCAAUGCUAAAUUAGUUCUACUUGGGGAUGUCGGAGCCGGAAAAUCGAGUCUUGUUUUGCGUUUUGUUAAAGGGCAAUUCCUCGAGUUUCAGGAGUCGACCAUAGGAGCAGCUUUUUUCUCCCAGACGGUGGCGGUGAAUGAUGCAACUGUAAAGUUCGAGAUUUGGGAUACCGCCGGCCAAGAGAGGUACCAUAGCUUGGCACCAAUGUAUUACAGGGGAGCUGCAGCAGCGAUCAUUGUUUACGAUACAACGAAUCAAAUGUCAUUCGAGAGAGCCAAAAAAUGGGUCCAGGAACUUCAAUCACAAGGCAAUCCUAAUAUGGUAACAGCACUUGCUGGGAACAAAGCUGAUUUACUCGAUGAAAGGAAGGUGGCAUCGGAGGAAGCAAGCACUUAUGCCCAAGAGAAUGGCCUUUUCUUCAUGGAAACUUCUGCAAAGACUGCAUCCAAUGUCAAUGACAUUUUCUACGAAAUAGCUAAAAGAUUACCUCGAGUGCAGCCAGCACAAAACCCUGCUGGAAUGGUUCUCACGGAUAGACCUGCAGAACGGACAGCAAGCGCUUCGUGUUGCUCAUAAACAAAAGUAUGUAUCUUUGAAGUAGCUCAUGUAAGGUUUUCUGCAAUCGAAAGCUCUUUCCUUAAUAUAUAUGAUCGAUAUAUGUCGAUAACAUCAAUCUGUUAGUUGUGCUGGAGAUUAGUUUUCUUUGUGUCAUGACUUAUGUCAAUGUUGAUGUAUAAUUAUCAUAAUAUGCCCGAAUGUGAAUUCGACAACCGUUUCGUAAC